AUGUCGUACAACAACUACCGUCACCAGGAUAACCGCCAUCGGCUCCAAGAUUUCACUCCUCGGGCGUCACAACCUCCUACAACUUCCUAUAUUUCUCCUUCAUAUAGGCAGCAUACACCCCGAUAUGCUACCACAGCGCCACAGAGCGACGUACCUUCGCGGUGGUCAGAUACAAAUUCCACAACGAACUUGUCUGAAACAACAUCUCUAACAGAAUCAGAGAAAGAGAGGCUGGUUCAUGAAGAAACAGAGGGAGAUCGUCGACGUUAUGAGCAAUGGAAGAAAUGGGCACGUGAACGGAAAGAAGAAUAUUGGAAGGAAUGGGCACGUGAACAGGAAAGGGAAGAUAGGUUAAAAAGUGCAGCUGCGAACGCUCGUAGACAGGAGAGGAGGUAUAGACUCCAGGUACUGGAAAGACAGAUACGCGAAUAUGAGGAUUUGAUAUUGGAAGCUGAUAGAAAGAGGAAGGAAGCUGAUGGACAAAGAAGGGAAGCUGACAGACGGGCGAUGUUACGCACAAGUUCCUCAGACAACAAUCACUCGAGAAGUGAACGAGCCACUAGAUACGCGGUGGGAACAUCAGAUCGACGACUUCUCUACACGCAUUUGUCUGAUGAAGCGCUCAUCGGCAUUGCAAAAGAAUGCGAGAAGAGAAGUGAGCGCAGCUGGAGACACUAG